AUGCUGGUAGCCGGGUCGAAUUGUCCCCAUGGAAGUGAACCAUUUGGAUCUGGAGAGAAAUGUUUGAUUGCUGUGAGAGAUGCUAAAUCGUAUUUUGAUGUGAUUCGAUAUUGUGCUCAAUUCGGUGGAAUUCCAGUCAAAAUUGAGAAUCUUUACGAGAAUGCCUUUUUGUUGGCAAUGAUUGGAGAGGAAUUGAGCGAGAGCACUUCUUACAUUGGAAUCGAAAGAAGAGCCAACAAUACGUGGACAUAUUCCGACGAUACACCGCUUACAUAUCAUAAUUGGGCAAAGAAUGAACCAAAGUCGACAGGGCCGUGUACUAUCAUGAAUCCAUCAACUGGAAAAUGGCAUUCAGAUGAAUGCGAGAUGGAGAGACCGUUUUUUUGCUCAAUUCAGGGAUCGGCCUCAACGACAAGCAAGACUCCGAGCAUCACGACUCCGAUCACUACGACUCCUUCAGCUGUUUGUCCGGAUGGUUGGGUGUACAAUCCGAAUACAACCUUUUACUACUAUUUACAGAAUUUUACUUUCGUGAAUAACGUUUCUCUUGAAACUCGCAACUGGACGGAAGCUGAGUCGCUUUGUCAACAAAUGGGGGCACAUUUGGUCUCCAUUCACUCAAAAGAUGAGGAUCAAUUUGUCUAUGAGUUGAUCUCCUCGAAUGUGCUCGAUGCCGGAUAUUUCUGUGACGUCGCACCAUGGGUGUGGAUUGGAAUGAUGUACCGUGUGGCUCGAACUUUUGGACUUGGUCUCCCCCCUAUGGACAAUAUCCACGUUUCGUCUGCAAAACGCCAUCAUGUGCCUCACUGUCUACGAAUAAUCCAAUCACUACUAUCAAGAGCACUUCUCAACCAGAUCCCCGUUGCUCGAAUGAAUUUCACCUUAGAAGGUAGCCGUUGGAAACUCUAUAACUGGCUGGCUGCCAACACGAGUUGUCAACGAAUGGGAGCAAAUUUGGUCUCGAUUCACUCGAAACCGGAGGAUGAUUUUGUUUUUGAACUGAUCUCGUCAAAUGUGAGCGAUCUGAUCUAUGCGGCUCCCGAUCAAAUUCCUUGUUACUAUCAACGUGUCUGGAUUGGCUAUAAUGGGAAUGGAACGCUCGGAACAGGCUAUUGGACGGAUGGAUCAAAAGACGAUUAUAUUGGAGCCCAUCCCUCCUUUGGGGGAGAUCAAUAUCCAUGGCUGAUGAGCAACGAUGAAUCUUGUAAUGAGAAAUUUUGGGAUUUUACCAAUCCAUCAUACACAUUUGCCCGUUUUCUCUGUAAAACUCGAGGCCUUUCAAAUGAAAAUCAAAGAGUUUAUCGUUUCUGUAAAUUGCUGAUAAAAUGUGAUUACGUGCUUGAGGUACUUGACGUGCUUGAGGUACUUGACGUGCUUGAGGUACUUGACGUGCUUGACGUGCUUGACGUGCUUGACGUGCUUGACGUGCUUGACGUGCUUGAGGUACUUGACGUGCUUGACGUGCUUGACGUGCUUGACGUGCUUGACGUGCUUGACGUGCUUGACGUGCUUGACGUGCUUGAGGUACUUGACGUGCUUGACGUGCUUGAGGUACUUGACGUGCUUGAGGUACUUGACGUGCUUGAGGUACUUGACGUGCUUGACGUGCUUGACGUGCUUGACGUGCUUGACGUGCUUGACGUGCUUGAGGUACUUGACGUGCUUGACGUGCUUGACGUGCUUGACGUGCUUGACGUGCUUGACGUGCUUGACGUGCUUGACGUGCUUGACGUGCUUGACGUGCUUGACGUGCUUGACGUGCUUGACGUGCUUGACGUGCUUGACGUGCUUGACGUGCUUGACGUGCUUGACGUGCUUGACGUGCUUGACGUGCUUGACGUGCUUGACGUGCUUGACGUGCUUGACGUGCUUGACGUGCUUGACGUGCUUGACGUGCUUGACGUGCUUGACGUGCUUGACGUGCUUGACGUGCUUGACGAAUUGCUUAAAGGCGAAGGUACUCCAAAUCAGCCACGAUCCUAUCAAAUGGUGCAUGAGUGUGGUGGAAUGUUUGUGUCGUCAGAAACUCCUCCAUCAAUCACAACCGAUGCCCAACCACAAACCUCACACGUUUUUCCUAUUGCUUGUCAUCGGUUCGUUUUUUUCGUCUCCUUCAUCGACUUCAAU